CGGUCACAUUUUACCAUGAAGCAUUCUGGAGGUCACAGCCUCAAUUCCAAAGAAGACAAAAUGAAGCGAAAAGCAGAAAAGCAACAACAAGCCGCAGCACCAGCAGUGCCGGUUAGCGCAUUCGCAGCACGCAAAGCUCGACAACAGCAGCAGCACCAGUCGCAGCAGGAGGAUGUUGUGAUUACGGUGAAUAAGGCAUUGGAGCUCGAAUCGCAAAGAGAACCCCCGUCUAAGAAGGCGCGACGUCUGUCCGAGAAAGAGGAGAGUACGCCGCAGUCCGCCGCGGGAGAGAAUUAUGGUCAGGAACGACUGGCUUUGCGGAAGAAGAAGGACUCUGGGAAGGCCAAGAAGUCUGCGGAUACACCAUCGAAAUCAAGGGAGGAAGCUCGUACGGUCAAGAAGGAGGUUCCUGGGAUAGAAUCGGAGAUUGAGCAGACGAGUGUGAUGGAGGCGAAUCCUGAUGAUGCUGUUGCUUCGAUCAAUGGUGAUGCUGAUGGAUACGAAUCCCCAACAAUACCUGCAGAGAUCCAGAACUUCCCUCUCUCCAAGACACGAUUGAACAAGAACAACAUCGUCUACAGCGAUGAACAUAAACUGUGUGUCCGCAUCAAAGAGAAGAUGAACCUCACUUUGCUUGGACACUACGACCUCUGGGUGAAACGCGGAGUGAUCAGUUUGAUGGGGGCCAAAUUGCACCUGUCUCCUCGUGUCUAUCGAGUCUACGCUCCUUCGACACACUCGUUGCCUGUGAUCAAGUGCGUUGCUGGUGUGGAGGGCGAGGCGGAAAUCGAGAUCAAGUCUUGCCAUAGCGGCAUCUAUCGCCUACGUGAUGUCUCGCCGUUAUAUCAACGGAUAUGGAAUGGCAAUAAUACGUCUGCUGAUAAGCUCACUUUGAAAAAUGCGCCGUCAAGCCACAAGAGGACGUUCUCAGUGUUGUAUACAUCUGCAGAGGACUCUAUGAAACGGCACUUGAGACCCCUUCACCUCGAGAAACAGUGGAGCUCAUCUAUCAAGCACCUUUCCCAGCGAGGCGGACAGCUCCGAGCGCUGGUAUGCGGUCCCAAGGCAUCGGGAAAGUCUACGUUCAGUCGCUACCUCUUAAACCACCUCCUCAGCCCAGCACCACAAACCGAAGGUGCGCGCAGCAGCGCGGACGGUGUCGCAUUCUUGGACCUGGACCCUGGGCAGCCGGAGUUCUCGCCCAUGGGCCAGGUUUACUUGGCGCAUUUACGCUCGCCGUUCUUCGGCCCCCCGUUUACUCACCCGUCGCUCGAUAAUCCUGCAGAUGCAUCUAUAGUUCGGGCACAUCACAUCGGCGCAACGUCGCCGAAGGAAGACCCAGACCACUACGUACUUGCUGCUAUGGACCUGAUGGACCGGUAUCGUGGUUUGUUGGCAAGUUACCCGCAAUGUCCGCUUAUCAUCAACUACCCGGGGUGGAUUUUUGGACUCGGGCUGGAGGUUGCAACAUGGCUUGUGAAAUCCCUUGGUCUGUCGGACGUCGUGUACAUGAGCGAAAAGGGACCAGCUGAAGUGGUCGAGCCCCUCGGUCAAGCCGCGUACGAGGCGCGAAUUCCCCUAAUCACCCUGCCAUCGCAGCCUACCGAUUUCGUGAGCCGGUCAAGCGCGCAGCUGCGCACGAUGCAGGUCCAGUCGUACUUCCACAAGACCCGGCCGCAAGCAGUGCAGAACCCCCUGUGGCUUGACACGCCAACGUCGCGCGCGCGGCCUAUGCUCGUCGACUAUGCCGGACCGCGGCAAGGGAUUCGAGGUAUCAUGGUUAUGGGAUCUGAAAUCCAGCCUGAUAUGCUGCACGACGCUCUCGAUGGAAGCAUCGUUGGGGUUGUGGCGGUGGAAACCCCCAACGCAAUCAUGGGCGAGACCGACUGUUCCCUUUGGAACGAGAACCCAGCAAAUGCAGCUGCAGAAAACGAAGACGAUACAUCCGAUAUUGAAAUGGACGGCUCAACACAUCCAGCGCCCAGACAACCCGCCACCCCCAACGCAAGGACUAGCAUGGAAACAUACAUCACGCGCACUGCAAACGAAGAUCUCCCAUACCUAUUCGUCGGCUCCGGCAGCUGCAGCCCGCUCGAUCCGAAAGCAUCCCACUGUCUGGGCCUCGCAUUAGUCAGAUCCAUCAACGCCAGCACCCGAAAACUCGAACUCGUCACGCCCAUUCCCGGAGACCAUAUCCGUCAUGCUAUACAGCAGGGACAUGGAAUCGUGCUUGUCCGCGGACAGCUGGAUAACCCCAACUGGGCGAUCAGCGAGGAGUACUAUGCCGCGCGAGCCGCAGCGCAACGCCACCAGCGUCGCAUAGCCCAAGCGCGGAAAGCCAAGCACGACGACGAGGAAAAAGAAAAGAGCGGUAGUGAUGACGAUGACGAUGACGGCGCGGCACUGGCCGUGACGGAUAGUAAACAGCAGGCGCAAAUAAGAGACAAACUGCAAGAGCGCAUCCGACGAGCCAGUCAGGCGCCUUGGAUCACGGUCAUCGAAGAUGAUGGGAAACGGCAGCGCGAGGUGGCGCAACGAGAGCGCUCGCUAUGGAAACUGCGGAAGAAGGCGUAUCCCGGGAGUGGGAGUGAGAUGGACUAGACGGUGUACAUAACAAACAUGAUUCAAUCCAGGCAUAUAACACGGAGUACUCCGCACUUUUCUAACAAAUAAAGAUGAAUCCAUCUCGAUACGAGAGCCUCACAGGGAUGCUGAUCUGGUCCGGUGACGUAGAACUAGAUAAUUGCUUUUUGGGCUUGCACCCCGUACAUGCAUGAAGUACCAGGGACCGGGAUAAUGGAUAUGAUCAGUCACGGCGAGAUACGAGGUA